UGUCAUGGAUUUUCAGUUUCUUGGAACGAUAUUGUUUUUUGUCUGUCUAUUGCAAUCUUGCAAUGGAGAGCUUAUAAAAGCAUUGCCAGGGCAACCUACGAAUGUCUCUUUUCAACAACAUUCAGGUUAUAUUGUCACAAAUGAAGGACAUGGGCGUUCACUUUUCUAUUACUUUGUUGAGGCAGAUUCAGUUAACCAUUCUUCGCUUCCCUUAACCCUAUGGCUCAAUGGAGGUCCUGGAUGUUCUUCCGUUGGUUUUGGGGCAUUCAUGGAAAAUGGACCAUUUCAAGUUGGUGAAAAUGGAGAACUUGUCAAGAAUCAAUACUCUUGGAAUUUAGAAUCCAACAUGUUAUACGUUGAAUCACCAAUUGGGGUUGGUUUUUCUUACUCGGAAACCGAUGAAGAUUACAUUGAUUGGAAUGACACCAAUACAGAAAAAUUUCCGUUGUACAAAGACUCGGAAUUCUUUUUGGUCGGGGAAAGCUAUGCAGGCCAUUAUAUUCCACAAGUAGCAGAAUUAAUCUUGAACUAUAACAAGAGUCCAGGCGUUGCUCCAAUCAACCUCAAAGCAAUUGCUAUUGGAAAUCCUCUAUUAGACAUAGACAUUAGUGUUCUUGCGGGAGAAUAUUUAUGGUCACAUGGUGCGAUUUCAGACAAAACUUUAAUGCUAGAAAAAACCGUAUGCAACGAUUCAAAGUAUCUUCGAGAGUACAUCCAUUCAGGAUGGUCUCAAGGUUGUAAUGAUGUUUUCAAUCGUGUCGAUAAUGAAGUCAGUGAAGAUGUUGCUUUUGAUGAUUUACUUUUGCCCAAAUGUUUAUCAACACCGUCAGCUCAGCAAUUUAAACCUCGAGGGUUACACGCAAAGGCACAUUCAUCGAUUGACAGAGUUAGAAGUACAAGUGACCCGUGUUUGCAAUCAAGGAUUUUAACGUAUUUGAAUAGACGCGACGUGCAAAAGGCACUUUAUGCUAACACGACCGAUCUUCCGGGGCAUUGGGACUUUUGUCUAGGGCCGCUGGUUUAUCAAGAAGAGAAUCUUGAAAUAAACAUAAUCCCACUCGUCUCCGACCUCAUAAAGGCUGGUCUUCCCGUCUUUCUUUACAGUGGAGAUCAAGAUUCAAAAAUCCCGCUUACACAAACAAGGAUCAUUGCUAAUAACAUCGCAAAAGGACUUAAGCUCACAACACUCUCAAAAUACAGGACUUGGUACAAUGAGAAACAAGUGGGAGGUUGGUCGCAGUCUUUUGGGGGACUAAAAGACGGAAAAAACAUCACGUAUUUAACAUAUGCAACAGUACGAGGAGCAGCCCAUGAAGUUCCAUUCACAUCACCAUCACAAGCUCUCACACUAUUUCAUAGUUUCCUUAAUGGAUCCCCUCUCCCUCGUCCUAAAUCCUAA